GCUCUGGGGGCGUGCGUCUGUACAGGCUGGCCUGGGAGUUCAGGGGUUAACUCUUGUCAGCCCAAAUAACAAAAAGGCCCAGCUGGAAGAAGGGACCUCCUCAUACUUGGUGCUCCAGGCUUGCACUAUAGUGACUUCCAGGGAAGGGCAUUUGGGAUGGAGGAAUUGGCUAGAGAGAGCAUCAGCUUGCUGGCCAAGCCUGGUGGGGAAUGUGGUAGCCCAAAUCUGUCCUCCAUGGCAGCUAUAUUCAUCAUGUUAAAGUCUGCGCUGGGAGCUGGGCUCCUCAACUUCCCCUGGGCAUUCAACAAAGCGGGUGGAACUCACGCCUCUGUUCUGGUGGAACUGGUUUCAUUGGUCUUUCUCAUAAGUGGACUGGUAAUUCUGGGAUAUGCAUCCUCUCUUAGUAGCCAAUCCACAUACCAGGGAGUGGUGAGAGACGUCUGUGGACCAGCAAUUGGAAAACUCUGUGGAAUCUGCUUCAUAUUCAACCUGUUCAUGAUAUCUGUGGCUUUUCUCCGUGUGGUGGAGGAUCAGCUGGAUAAAUUGUGUGACUCCGUCCAUGCAAACGUGACCAUGGCCGGAGUGGGUGAAAGUCUCCCGCCAUGGUACCUGGAUCCAAGAUUAACCAUGAGCCUCCUCUGCCUCCUUAUCAUCCUCCCACUCUCCAUCCCCAGAGAAAUCAGUUUCCAGAAAUACACAAGUAUUCUGGGCACCCUGGCAGCCUGUUACCUGACAGUGGUAAUCAUUGUGAAGUACUACCUCAUGGAGCACACCGUAUUCCAGAAGCAUGAACAUGCCUCAAAGGCUUCCUCACUGGCUUCAAUGUUCAGCGUGAUUCCCACAAUCUGCUUUGGCUUUCAGUGCCAUGAAGCUUGUAUCACAAUUUACAGCAGCAUGAAGAAUAAGUGCCUGUCUAAUUGGAUAGCAGUGUCUGUGGUGUCCAUGCUGAUCUGCCUUCUUAUUUAUUCCCUGACAGGUAUUUAUGGGUAUCUGACUUUUGGAGAUGCUAUCGCAGCUGAUAUUCUGAUGUCUUACCCUGGAGAUGAUGUGGUUGUGAUAAUAGCCAGGGUACUGUUUGCUGUAUCGAUUAUCACCAUCUAUCCAAUCAUCCUAUUGUUGGGAAGGUCUGUUCUACAGGAGGUCUGGAUGGACCACAAGCAAAUGACGGUAUAUGUAACCACUUCCUAUGAGCGCUUUGUACGGAUUACACUUACAGUACUAUGGAUUCUGGUCACGCUCAUCAUUGCCUUGUUUGUUCCUGACAUCAGUGAGGUCAUUUCCAUAAUUGGAGGAAUAAGUGCUUUCUUCAUCUUCAUUUUCCCAGGCCUGUGUCUGAUAUGUGCAAUGGAAGGUAAAGCAAUGGAUCCAAGGAGAAAGACGUGUCUAAUCGUCUGGGGGAUCGUUUCUGUCCUCUGUGGAGCCUUCAUAUUUGGUCAGAGUACAACCAUCGCGGUUAUGGAACUCCUGCACAAGUUCUAAGAUGUGUUGAAUUUUUAUUUUGACAUUUUUAUAAUAUUUUUAUAUAACUUAUCUUUUUUCAAUUUUAUUUCCCCAAAAAUUUGGGUAACCGUUUUUAUACAGUUAUUAUAACCAGACAGAAAACCGAGUAAAUGGCUUGGCGAUCGGCAAGUGAUUGUUGAAAAGGAAUGAACGUCAAAUGGCAUAUAGCUUGUAUCUUUGUAAUUUUGCUGCAGGUCAGAAGGCAAAGCAAACAUCUAAAUGCUCAGGGCAGUAUCUGUCAUUUUUCUUUCAGUCCACUUCCCAAUGGGCCCCUAUAUAUAGCACACCUGUAAGCUAACAGUACUAUAUAACUCUGAGGGCAGAGGCUAAGAAAAUCGGACACGGUGUUCCUUUGACAAUGGUUUUAAAGGGCAACCGGGGGCAUACCUAGAGCAUAUGGCACCUGGGGCCGAUCCUAUAUCUGUCACUCUUCUCCCCCCCCCCCCACUUUAAAAUGUAAAAAAAACACCUCACUGUGCCCCCCUGCACAUCUCUGCACCCCCCAAUAUCUCUGUCUCUACUGUAAACCCCCUCUCCACAACUGCACCAUGGACCCCUUUACAUUACAAAGCGCCCCCUGCACCCCUUUACAUUACACA